AUGAGCUUACGCUUCGGAGUCUCUGACGAACAGCUGAUGAGCAAUGCCAUAUCCUCUGACUCAAAGCAAGCCGUUCUUAGUGAACAAUCUGAUGAAUCAUCAACAUUGACCAAGGCUCGCUCUAUUCUUACUGGCGAUGGUUCUCAGCGUCGGUCACAGUCACCAUCUGGAAAAUCAUUUGCAGGUACUGACCGAGUUGAAGAGGAUUUUAACAAGGACAGCACAUCUCGAGCCACCGGGUAUAUUGGUAAUAGUUCGGAAAUGUGCUGGUUGCAAAAGCUACGCAAGAAAGUCAAUGGUGACAUUCCAGAAACGGGCCAGUCGUCUCCUCCUCCCACACCCCCUGGAAAUGAUGACGACGGUCUCAUUGCCUCGAUCAAUUUCUACGCAGAUAACAAGGACUUUGACUUGACCGAAGACGUACAGGCAGCUGCAAUGCCUCCCAAGGAGACUGCGACUCAACUUCUUCGGGCUUACCUCCGGUCUAUCCACCCUUCGUUUCCGAUCAUUGGAAAGUCAACUUUCCAGUCACAAUAUAAUCUCUUCUUCAAUCAGCCGGGAGUCAAGCCUGGGAACAAGUGGUUGGCUAUACUGAAUCUUAUCUUUGCUACUUCGGCUGUGUAUGCACGGCUCGUUGGAGCGGACUGGAAACUGGAAUUGGAGCAUCAUAGCGUGUAUUUCAAGAGGGCACGAAUCUUGAGCAUGCGGGAUACGCUCUUUGAUCACCCGGACUUGCAACAGCUACAGAUCGAAGGAUUGACUUCUUUCUACCUUCUGGCUACUGGUCAAAUCAAUCGAUCAUGGAAAGUUUCCGGUAGCGCAGUCAGGGGAGCAAUAUCCCUUGGACUUCACCUUCGAAAUGUGGGAACAACUACUUCAGACACGUCAAAAGAGAUUAGAUACCGUGUUUGGUGGUCGUUGUACACCUUGGACCACAUGCUGAAUGUCAUCACCGGUCGACCAUCCUGUAUCAUUGAUGGCGCCUGCACAACCCCUAUACCAAUUCCUUUCGAUGAGACCGACUUUCAAAAACCAGAGGCCGCUCAGAUGUUGGGCAAUCAUACCAGAAAGGGGUCAUGGAUCAAUGACUGGAAUCCAUCCUCUUCCAGUUUGCCUAGUCCUUCUCAGAACGGUGAAUCAUCAACAGACAACACCGUUACCAUAAAGUCCGAGACAGAAUCCGGCAACAUCGAGUGGCUAAAAUCUAUACCAAUGACCAUGUCGUUAUACUUCUUUUAUCUAGCAACACUUUCCUCCAUCUCAAAGAGGGCUAAUAUGAAGCUCUACAGUGGCGAGGCAACACAGGCACCUUGGGCAAGCCUUGAAUUUAUCAUCCAGAGCUUGACUAUGGAGAUUGAUACAUGGCUUGCUAGUGUGCCAGAAGUAUACGAUUUCAGGGUUGCAAGUACGGACAGUAAGAACUCAACAAUGCCUCAGAAGAUGGGGCUGGCUUUUGCCUACUACAGUACCAAGAUCUCAAUUAGCCGGCCUUGUCUCUGUCAGCUUGAGAAGGAUUGCCAGACUGAUGGCGUCUAUGAGUUUUGCAGCAAGACAGCUGCUGAAUGUGUUGAUGCUGCCACUCAGAUGAUCAACAUGUUACCUGCAACAAUGGAGGCAAGUACCUUGUACAAAAUAUCUCCAUGGUGGUGCACACUCCAUUACAUCAUGCAAGCCACCACAGUAUUACUUUUGGAACUGUCAUUUCGAGCUGAGCAUGUCCCCGAAAGAGCGGUCGAGGUAUCACAAGCCCUGAAAAAGGCAGUGAAGUGGCUCUUCGAACUUUCCUACUCAAGCGAUUCUGCUCAUAGAGCAUGGAAGCUUAGUGAUGAAUACCUUCGCAAUCUAGCACCGCCAUUGAAUCUUGACAUUAGCGAUCUCCCGGAUAGUGAGAUCCUCAUGGAUUCGUCAAAUAACUUUGUCUCGGUGUUGGAAAACUCAUUGCUGGAUCCUCAGGUCCCAACACUGAUGCCGUACUUGGAGACAGACCCCUUGGAUUUUCUUGACACACAGCAAACAGAAAGCGAUAACCAGGGGUCGCUACAGAAUAACAGUUUCGACGAUUUUUUCCCUUAUGAUCCGAAUACUGGGCAAAUCACAGGCUCGUUUUUCCCAUCGUCAGCAUCAAAUAUUGAUAUGGACUUUGAUUAUAUGUGGGAUAGUUCCGCAUUUUGA